AGGCCAGCCCCGAGGCCAGCAGCGCGCGCAGCCGCAGCCCCGGAGCCAUGGCGAGGUCGCAGCGCCGCCGGUGCCUCUGGGUGUGCGUGGCCGCGGCGCUGGCGGCCUUCCCCGCCGGCUUCCUGCUGGGCUGGUUUGCCAAGCCUCUGAAAGAUACAACCUCUACGGAGCGCUACCGUCAAAGUUUUCGAGGUAGACUAGUAUCAGAAAUGAAGGCAGACAGCAUUAAAUCAUUUCUUCGUUCUUUUACGGAACUGCCUCAUUUGGCAGGAACAGAACAAAACUUACUGCUUGCCAAAAGAAUCCAAACCCAGUGGAAAAAAUUUGGACUAGAUUCAGCUGACUUGGUUCAUUAUGACGUUCUCUUGUCAUACCCUAAUGAAACACAUGCUAACUACGUAUCUGUUCUGGAUGAACAUGGAGCUGAGAUUUUCAAAACGUCCUACCUUGAACCGCCACCAGAAGGAUAUGAGAAUGUUACAAAUAUUGUGCCACCGUAUAACGCUUUCUCACCCCAAGGCAUGCCAGAGGGAGACCUGGUGUACGUGAAUUAUGCUCGGACUGAGGACUUUUUCAAACUAGAAAGGGAGAUGAAUAUCAACUGUACUGGAAAGAUUGUUAUUGCCAGAUAUGGGAAGAUCUUCAGAGGCAAUAAAGUUAAGAAUGCCGUGCUAGCUGGGGCCAUAGGGAUCAUUUUGUACUCAGAUCCAGCUGACUACUUUGCCCCUGAGGUGCAGCCCUAUCCCAGGGGAUGGAACCUUCCUGGAGCCGCAGCCCAGAGAGGAAACGUUUUAAGUUUGGACGGAGCUGGUGACCCGCUCACGCCAGGCUACCCAGCCAAAGAAUAUACCUUCAGAUUUAAUGUUGAAGAAGCAGUGGGAAUCCCCCAAAUUCCUGUACAUCCUAUUGGAUAUAAUGAUGCAGAAAUUUUAUUACGCCACUUGGGAGGGCUUUCACCGCCAGAUGAGAGCUGGAAGGGAAGGCUUAAUGUUACUUACAAUGUUGGGCCUGGCUUUGCAGGGAGUAAUUCUCUGAGAAAAGUUAAAAUGCAUGUUCAUAACAUCAAUAAGAUUACAAGAAUUUACAAUGUAAUUGGAAUUAUUAGAGGAUCUGAGGAACCUGACAGGUAUGUCAUUGUGGGAGGUCACCGGGACUCAUGGGUAUUCGGAGGUAUUGACCCAACCACUGGGACUGCAGUUUUGCAAGAAAUAGCCCGGAGUUUUGGACAAUUGUUAAGUGGAGGCUGGAGACCGAGGAGAACUAUCAUUUUUGCCAGCUGGGAUGCUGAGGAGUUUGGACUGUUGGGUUCUACAGAGUGGGCUGAGGAAAAUGCCAAAGUACUUCAAGAGAGAAGUAUUGCUUAUAUCAACUCAGAUUCGUCUAUAGAAGGCAACUAUACGCUCAGAGUUGAUUGUACGCCUCUUCUUUACCAGCUCGUGUAUAAACUGACAAAAGAGAUUCCCAGCCCUGAUGAUGGUUUUGAGCGGAAAUCACUUUAUGAAAGUUGGUUGCAAAAAGACCCUUCACCAGAUAAUAAAGACUUUCCUAGAAUCAAUAAACUAGGAUCUGGAAGUGAUUUUGAAGCUUAUUUUCAGAGACUUGGGAUUGCCUCAGGGAGAGUGCGUUACACUAAAAACAGGAAAACAGAUAAAUACAGCAGCUACCCUGUGUAUCAUACUAUUUAUGAGACAUUUGAAUUGGUAGAGAAUUUCUAUGACCCAAUGUUCAAGAAGCAGCUGUCGGUGGCUCAGUUGCGAGGGGCGCUGGUGUACGAGCUUGCAGACUCCACAGUGAUCCCUUUCAACAUUCAAGACUACGCGAAGGCUUUGAAAAACUACGCAGUGAAUAUCUUCAAGUUAGCCCAGGAACAUGGCCCACAGCUGAGACACUAUGGAGUAUCAUUUGAUUCCUUGUUUUCUGCUGUGAAAAAUUUCUCCGAGGCUGCUUCCGAUUUUCAUAGAAGGCUCACACAGCUUGAUCUUCAUAAUCCCAUUGCAGUGAGAAUUAUGAAUGACCAGUUGAUGCUGCUGGAAAGAGCGUUCAUUGACCCCCUGGGUUUACCAGGAAGGCGGUUCUACAGGCAUAUCAUCUUUGCUCCAAGUAGCCACAACAAGUAUGCUGGAGAGUCGUUUCCUGGGAUUUAUGAUGCUAUGUUUGAUAUUGAAAAUAGAGAAGAUCCUCUUUUGGCGUGGGCAGAAGUAAAGAAACAUAUCUCUAUUGCAGCCUUUACAAUUCAAGCAGCAGCAGAGACAUUGAAAGAAGUGGUAUAGCAAGGAUCAGUCACCUGGCUAUUAAAUACAUUGCCAAAGUCUCAGGAUGAAAUGUCUCAUUUUUGAUGAUUUUUUUGUUUGUUUGUUUGGCUUUUUUUGUAUUUUAGAGAAGGGUCUACAGGGUGUUCAGGGUUUCACUACUAGA